AUGGCUAAAGCAUCAUCAAUACAACAUGACUAUGCACGGUGUGUUGCUGAUGAUAUUUUGCAAUCAUUAAAUCUUAAAACAGAAAACAAUUUACAUGAAUAUGUUGUGCUCAUUGUAAGUAUUCAUGAUAAUCAUUAUUUAUUUGAAAAUCUUCCAAAAAUCAUUAGUAAAGAUCAUGUGCAUGCAUUUAAUGACGUUGAAACAAGCCUGGAGUUUAUUCAUAAUCUGCACGAUAAAAACAUCUUCAUAAUUAUUUCGGGUACAUUGGGAAAAGAUUAUGCUCAUGAAUUGGUCGCUGAAAGUCAAGUUGUCGGUGUUUAUAUUUAUUGUAUGAAUGAAAUUAGACAUACAACAUGGACAAAAACAAUUGAAAAGAUUCGAUGUAUUGUUUCUGAUGCAACACAAUUACUUAUUCGGCUUCAUAGUGACAUCAAACAAUUAAGUGGACGAUGGCCUUUCAAUGAAAAAUCCUUUCGUAAAACUUUGACACAUACUUCUCAAUGGUAUCAUUUAUUUCUACUUGUUAUCUGUAAUCGAUCUGAAAACAUGGAGAAUUCUUAUCGUGAAAUGUUCGAUUAUUGUCGUGUCUAUUAUCAAAAUAAUUGUCGUACAGUUGAAAAAAUCGAUGAACUCGAACAAAGAUAUAACGCUGAUAAUGCAAUCCAUGAAUAUACUCGUGAUAGUUUUCUUUAUCGUAUUGUCAAUCAUGCUUUACGUACACAAGAUAUGGAAAUUAUUACAAAAUUUAGUCCUUUUAUACGAGAUUUACAUUCUCGAUUAUAUCAUCAUCAUCAGAUAUAUUAUCACUUACCAGAGCAAUCGAUUCGAGUCGUGUAUCGUGGACAAAGUUUAAGUCUAGAUGAACUUGAAUAUCUUAGGUCGAUUUGUAGAUCGAAAAAACCUGUCAUUACAUUGACCACUUUUUCAUCUACAUCACUUGAUCCUACAGUUGCCUUGAACUUUGCAUUUUGUGCCAAUGAUCGAAUUUCUUGUUUAUUUGAAAUUAUUAUUACUGAUGAAUACAAUAUCGAACAGAAGCAUACGAUUGGUCAUAGUCAAGUAUUCGCAAAUAUAUCUUUAUUAUCUGCUAUGAAACAUGAACAAGAAGUACUCUUUUCUCUUGUUACACAUUUUCGUAUCAAACAUGUGGAAUAUCCAGUCGAUCGAUAUUCUCGUUCUUGGGCAUUGGUAACAUUGGAACUUAUCAAAGAUAAAGAAGGAAAGUGUAGUCGUAAUUAUUUCAAUAUUGUCAAUGCAAUCGAAAAAGAAACAGAUCCACAAGUUUAUGCUGAUAUUUUAUAUUUAUUAAAAGAAAAUGCUAAAGAUGAAAUACAUUUUAAUAGUAUGAACUGGGAUAAAUGGUGGAAUUGCUUAUCAAGAAAAUGGGGAACUGAUGAAGCACGUGAUGCACCAUUACUUCUAACAUUGUACAGUUGUUUCACCGUCAAUCCCUACUGGUCGAGAAAAGCUAUUGAAAUGCAUAAACUCAUUCUACGCACCCAUCCUGAUAUUCAAUCAAAUCUUUCAUCUUUUUCUUAUUUAUUUGAAAAGUUUAGAGGUCUUCAGAGUAUGCCGACAAAAUGGUUAGCUUUAUAUGAAGACUAUUUAGAAAGAUUUUGUACAACAAAUACAGAAGAAGUAGUUCAAUGUCUUUAUUUUGCUGGACAAACUUAUGAGAUGAUUACGGACAAGGAACAUGCAUUGGAAUGUUAUCAAAGAGCUUUGAAUAUGAAUGUCAAUCACAACCAUAACAUAAAUAAUAUGGUACAGAAACGAAUAAAUAUAUUGAAAAAACCGUGCAAAAUAAUUGCAAUGAUAAAUGAUCCAUGCACAACAAUGGUACAAGAUAUUGAUAAAGAUUUUUUACAAACGCAUGAACUACAAGAAGAACAAUGGUCAUGUUACUGGGCUAUCAAACGUGACAAAAUCGGUAAAGUGUCUAUACGAAAACGUUUAGACAAACUCUUAAUCUAUCUUCAAAAUCGUCAACAAUGGUAUGAUUCGGUUGAUGCAAAAAUUCUUCUUUGUAUAGCAAGCAAUCGUACCGAUGGAUUAUCAGUAAAUGAUUAUCGAUUUUAUUCUUUAUUUGCUGUAGAAAAAUAUUUGUCAUUGAGCUAUUCAACAGAAGAUGGAACAGACAGUUAUUUUUAUUCUCUCUGGCAUUAUAAAAAAUAUAUACGUGAAUGGAUUCGAUUCCAUGCAUUAGAGAACUUUUUAAAGCCACUUCAAAAGAAAUCAAAAUAUGUUCUCGACAUGAUUCUUCUUCAAUUGCAUCAAUUGAUAAAAAAACUUAACGUGCUCAUCACUCUAUGUACUGUUUAUAUGUACUAUAAAUCCGAUGACAAUGAAAUUAAUAUGACCAAUAUUUCAUUUGUCGAUUACUCAGAUACAAUCAUAAGACAACUGGUAUUUUUUGACCUUCGUGAUACUGACUUAGCAGCUGAUCUCGAAACACUCACAGAAGAAAGUUCACUGACUAAGCCAUUCAACAUCAUUAAUGAAGAUGAUUUGAAAUAUUCGAGUAGAACUGAUACGGCAAUCUCUGACUUCUACGACGCACAAUAA